AGCUAAUUGGGAAACAGCAUCAGUCACUGACAAACCAACCAACUCUAAACAGUUCAACAUGAAGUUCCUCAUCUGCUUGGCUCUCACCUUCGCCGUUGCCCAGGCUGGCUUCCUGGCUUCCUCUCCGGUUGCCACAUACGCUGCCGCGCCGUCCUAUGCUGCCACCUAUGCCGCUGGACCCGUGGCCUACUCGGCUCCCGUGGCCACGUAUGCUGCAGCUGCUCCUGCCUAUUCCACCUAUGCUGCUGCCGCUCCGGCCUACUCAACCUACGCUGCAGCUGCUCCAGCCUACACCUCAUCGGUGUACGGUGUCCGCGCCUACACCGCUCCUGUGACCACGUACACAGCUGCUGCUCCUGCUUACACAUCCUAUGCUGCGGCUGCUCCUGCGUACACCACCUAUGCUGCUCCGGCCAUUGUCAGCCCAUUCCUGAAGAAGAAGUAAUCGCCUUCCUUCCUGCCACCAUUCAACCAUCAAACGACAACCAAAUA